AAAAAGUUGUUGAUGUUGUUGUUAUUGUUGUUGCCAAUCCUUCCUGUUUCAUAUUGUGCAUGAAGAGUACAAACAUUUAUAAGAAAAGAGAAGUACAGAAGCUGUUGUGAUAACAAAGGCGCAUCCUAUCUUUUCUUCUUCUUAUAUAUAUCUUUACUUUCCUCAUUCUCUCCGUUUUCUUUAUUAUUGUUACACGGAGUAGAAAAAAAGUGGAAGUUUAUAUCAAUAGAUAUACACACGUACAUCGCAGCUGUAAAAAGCAAGCAGGAAAUUUUUGUCUUCUUUUGAACGACUUUUCUUCAAAAUUAAAUUAAAGUGAUGACAACAAGAGGAAUUCGUCGCAAAAAGUCCUACUUAGUUGACGCCAAAAUUGCCGUAUGUGGUCAAAAAUCUGUUGGCAAGUCAGCACUUACUGUUCGAUUUUUGACGAAGCGAUAUAUAGGCGAAUAUGACCAUCAGGCGGAUAAAGUACACAAACACGAGAUUCUUGUUGAUACAGAUUGUGUUUUAGUCGAAAUAUGGGACACAUGUAUGGCUGAUGAUAAUGAUUCAAUAUCAAGCAAAUCAGAAGCGAUGGCAUGGUGUGAUGGAUUGCUUUUGGUAUAUUCCAUAAACGAUAGAGAUUCAUUUAAUUUCAUCAAGAAGGUAAAACAGGAGCUACAAAACAGUGACACACCAGUCUUAUUAAUCGGUAAUAAAGCAGAUUUAAUUCAUUUACGACAAGUCAGCACUGAAGAAGGUGAAAUAUUAGCAAAAGAUUUUGAUUGUAAAUUUUAUGAAAUUUCGGCAGCCGAACAAGUACAACAAGUAAGUGAUGCCUUCCUCGAUUUAUGUCGUGAAAUAAUUCAAGCCAAAAGGAAAUCAAAACAAAGCUUUAUAGAUAAGAUUGAUAAGAUGUUGGGUGGUGCGCGUUACUACAGUCGAGGGAAGAGUGAUAGUGCUAUACAAAAGGAAUAACUUUGAGGAUAAUGAUGAGCAAUUAGGACAUAAAAACAGAAGAAUAAUAUUUUC